CGCUUCCGGAUCAUCUCGUGGAGUCAUCGAGAAGGCUCGAACCUCAUCGGGACGCCGAGAGCCCCUUUUCCUCGGGCAGGGGGAAGGUUCGGGGUAGGCCUAGCGAUCGGUCUUGCUCUUAUCCUUUCCUGAAGGAAGGUGUGACAGUGACAAAUCUGUAAACACUCGUUUAAUAUGAUUCUUGCAAUCUUGCGGUUAAAAUCCAUCGUGUUCUCGCCGUUCGCGAUGUGAGUUAAUCGUUCGGCUUGUCGUGUCUUGCCAGUAACUGUUGAGGGAUCGGUCUGGAAGAGCGCGGACUGAAAACCGGGAACACGAGCCACGAUUUGGAAAGUAACAUGCACGUAGGUUUUCCACCUGCGCGACUGCGCUUCAACGAGUCGCGACGACGAAUCGAAUGACAAUGAAUUACGGAUGAUCGCAACAUUGUCCGUCGCGUAACCAACGCGGAAACAUCAAUCGGAGGACAAGUACGACCCGGAAAUUACGCACGAAGGGUAAUUAAGAUUAGCUUUCGUUGUUUACAGCGAAAUAAUGCAAACAUGCUACAUAGACGCCUAAGUAGACUGUUCGAGCUAGUCAUCUUUUCGAGAAACGACCCGAAAAAAACGUUAAAACUAAACAGAUAAAAACAAACAAAUUUGAUCCGCUAGUGCAAAACAAGAUCUUUAAAAGUCAGUUUGCUGAUGAAUGUACCACAGCAGGUGGAUUAGUCAUCCACCAAAUGAUAUAGAUACGGAUGACUCGUCCGCGUCAAUCGGAAUCUUAUUAUUUUUCUGACACACAAAGAACACCUCUCUCUCUCUCUCUGUUUCUCGGACUCUUCUCAGGUAUCUUCGCUGACGUCCGUAUAGAUUACAACUUGGAACGUACGACGUAAACUCCGUUAUCGGUGAUGACGACUCGAUUCGGCAUGUUUCUCCAUUCUCCGGCGAGAGAUACCCGCCGAAUAUAUGCAGAUCGGUUUCCCCUCGCCGAGGCGAGUCCUCGACGCUCCGAGACUCCUGUUCUCCGCGUCGUGGAUGAUUGUGUGAUUCGACGUGUGUCGUGUCCGACGUGACCGCAUUGCGGUGUGUAUAGUACGUCCACGUAUCGAUUAGACGGCAAAGUUUGCGCCACGAGUAAACUCGCCAAGUGACCGCGAGCGGCGAAGCCGGAAGAUCGAAGGUAUCGAAACUUUUCCGAGCGGCUAUAAGUAAGGACAGGCCCGAUACUGGCUCAUCGCGUGGGACGGAAAGGAAAAAAGAAAAGACGGACGAAGCGGAGAAACUGACGGAUCGAAGAGGCAAGGUAUCUGCCAAGUUUCAUAUGGUAGAUUGGCAAAUCUUCAAAGUGACAGAUAUCCUCUUUUGCACAACGAAUUUCGGCAAGAAUGUUGACUGGAUAUUAAUCUCCGGAGCAACGCGAGGUCAGCAUUGAUUUUACUCAACGUGAAAUUGAAGAUUACUAUUAUAUUAUCCCGAUUUCACCUCGGAAUAAUGAAAUUAUAUUCGUCGUCGAUGCCGAAAUUACUUGCCGAAUUGUUGGGAUGGAUGGACAGGAUGUCUGUGAAAAUUGCUCCUUAUUUAAGAUACCAUUAGAUAAACGAAAUCAGAGAGAAACGGCAAAAAUUAUCUUCGGCUGCUCGUUUAAGAAGGACAAAUCUCCGCGAGUGUGUCUCGAGACAUGCGAGCUCGCGCGAUAAUCACCUGCGAUUACAGUCUAACCGUAGCCUCUCGCGAGGGACAACAAAUCGCUAAACCAGGGUUAAGUAAUCUUCUCGGCGCAUUGUUCGUCCCGGCGAACGCGCGACGUGAAAAAUAACGGGUGUCCCGGGUGCGCGCGGGUAGACGACACGAUUGUGUGCCACGCGGGAAAAGAGACGCGAGGCGGUCGGUGCGUGAGCGAAAUAAAGAGCCGCGCGUGACUUCACGCUCCGGACACGCUGCCGGGUAAGAGGGCAACAGCGAAGAAGAGAAGCCGGCGGCCGCGGAAACGGACCGUUUCGAAAUUCGAUUGUUUCGUGGCUCGUUAAAGCAGCCGUCGUGGAACCUUGAGCGGCCGUAGAGUGUAUAUUUCGCGAGGUUUUCCUCGAACGCUGCAAUUCCCUUCAUAACGACGAGAAAACUACGCGCGAGACGAGGAGGAUACGCCGCGGGAGAGAGGAGAGAGAGAGAGAGAGAUAAGCCUUUGUUCAGUGACCUCUUGGAUCUAAACAUUCGAACAGGAACGAGGGUUAUAAUUAACGUAAUGUUAUCCAAGGACGAAUCUAUCAUCUGGAAUUCGUAUUCAGAAACACAUCGAGAAGAGUUUGCGAUAAUCGCAUCCACCUCGGCCAAGUGUGAGGAAAGAAGGCCAAUUCCCCGCGUUAAACAAUCCGGGAAGGAACAGCGAGAUUAAUUAAUGAUCAUUUAUUCCAAGGCGGAACUUGUUAUUUGAAAUUAAUCGAGCGGUCGCUUAAUUGCGGUAUCUUGCAAAUCAGGGCUAUUUCACAUAACGAUUGUACAAUCGGCGAGUGGAGGAAAGGAGAAGGACGAACUCGGUUCGAACAAGAAAGUUACACAUCUCCUUAUUCUGCACGUCGUGGAGAGGAAAAGAUAAGAACGGGAAAAGCGAGAUAUCGCGCAGGAGGAGGAGGAUUCGAUUUUGCCGAAUGACUGCAGAGGACGAAGAUCGUUGACGUCGCAACGUGACACAUGCGAUGAGGAUGAACCACGAUUCAACGAUCUGCCAUCAGUACUUCUACUGCAGCCAGCGUCGGCAUCGCGUCAGGGUAUGCGAGAGACAAAGGGACGCCGACAGGCAUAACGACAGGGGCGAGGAUGACGACGAGGACGAGAAUCCUCUGGGGAAAUGGCCUCACGCCCUCAGCUCGACCCUCGCGUGCCUCGGCUGCACUCUGGGACUCUUCAACAUCAGCAGAUUCGCCAUUCUCAGCGUGCAGUUUGGAGCGAACUUCAUUGUACAAUUCCUGAUCUUAUCCCUCGUCCUGGGCAUCCCGCUGUUGACGCUACAAGUAUGUCUCGGACAAAGAUUGGCGGCCGGUUCCGUGGACAUGUGGAGAAUAUCGCCGCUUUUUCAGGGCGUCGGGAUAGCUCUGCUCACCGCGCAGGCCUUCAUCGGUAUUUACAGCAUAGUCGGCGUGUCGUGGAUGUUCGUGUACUUCAGAGAUUCGUUCAUAACGAAGCAGGACAGGUAUCGAUGGGCGGAGCCGUUUCUUCUCUAUCGAGACGACAGCCGUCCCACGUACAACACCACCGCUUCGUACAAAUUAUACGAGACUGUUCCGGAUUACUUUAGCGGUGCUGUAUUGCAAAGACAUCACUUGAAUGAGGCUAAUCCUGGUGUCGUCACGUUGAAGUUCCAAGUGGCCUUCAAUCUGGCCGUCGUGUGGAUGAUCGUAUUUGUUUCACUGAGUAAAGGACUGAGAUCUUACGGAAAAGUUGUAUACGUUUUCACACUAGUGCCCGUGUUUGGCACAUUAAUUCUUUGCACAAAACUGCUUGGACUCACCCCGCCGGGCUCGAUACACCAACUUUUUCCCGCCACCGUCUGGAGCGAAUUCUUUAUUAAUGGGAAGUCAUGGGUGGCUGCCUCGAACGAGGUCUUCCUCACGUGGGGUUUACUCGGUGCGGCCGCUAUGCAGAUAGCGGCUCACAACAAGCACAAGCAUCUCCUACAGCGGGACACGAGCCUCGUUGUAAUCCUGACGUUUGUGGUUCUCCUUCUCGGGGCUUUCUUAGCGAAUACCUGCGUACAAAUCCUCAGGCAUCACGGUUACGUCUAUACUACUAGUUCUUUCGAGAGAAUAUCAGGGUAUACGUUUAUGAGGCUUGUCAGCCAACCAGCACCGUCAGGAUACAGCAGCACGCCGGAGAGAUUCAUGUCUCACGCAUCAUUUCUCCUUGGCCAACGUGUAAUACGACCUGGCGCGGACACGAGUACCGAGUCCGGAUACCAGGUGUUACGGCUAGCCACUGAAUUGGUGCCCUCGACGCUGGCAUUGUUAGGCGCCGAACAGGUGUCGCCGUUCUGGGCGGUCCUGUUUUACUUCAUCCUCAUCUUAUUUGGGAUCGCACAACAGUUGGCGAUCUGGCAUUGUGUAAUAACCGGUAUAAUGGCGAUCAAUACGAAAAUGAUGAAGCUCUGGGAGACCACAAUCACGUUUUUCAGCUGUGCUUGUGCAUACAUACUUGGAUUACCCAUGGCUACGGAGAUAGAGCGCGCAAUCUUUCAUUCCAGAGAAUUGUUAUCAGCACUUUAUUUUAGUCCGCACCGGCAUUAGUAUCACAAGCGCUUCGUAUUAAAACGGAAGAUGAGUAAUAACGUUCACUCGGUAGUGCGUCGUAGCGUGCCUUGCUAUUUUUGCAAUGAAUUUUUGGAAGAGAAAUAUUUAACGGAGCAUAUAACGCAUUGCGCGGCGGUCUUGGAGGAAUGUCCUCACAAAUGCGGGGUUUACGUUCCACGCAGAAACCUGGAGGUACAUGAGAAAAUGUGCGACACGAAAACGUCGAUGAGAAACAACCAAAUAAAGGACAUUCAAGAUUCGGUGUGGAAAGAAAAGGUUUUCUCGAUAUUGACGUUAUUGCGUUUAGCUAUCGACCAGGGGGAAAAGGAGCGGAUACGUUUGCAGGAUGAUCUCUCUAGAAACUUGAGCUUACUGCAUUCUCAGCAGCAAUCUUUCGUCGCGUUGCAGUUGAAUGUCGAGGAAGCGGUCGAAGAAUCUCGCAAUAACCACGCAGCGCUGAAUCGAAGGUUGAACAAUCUGGAGAUGAUCACCGAUGAGAUGCAACAUUGCACUACCGUAAAUUUACGACAAAUCUCCGAGCAGCUGAAAUUGUUGGAGGGAGAAUUGGCUGACGAUCAAAGUAAACACGUGUGCACUCCAAACGAUUGGGACCAGGAAUUAAAAGACCUGAAGACGUUCGUAGCUAAGGAAAGCAUACGCGCGAGCGAUAUAUGGCAGGAACAUUCGCAACGUGUCCACGACUUGAAACUGGAAUUGGAAAUGAGAUGUAAGAACACAAAGGAAUUAACGUCCAAACAUGAUACUUUAUCAGAGAAAGUGAACAGUUUGUCGGAAGAAAUCCAUAAGCAUUCCGAGAGCGUGGCCAAGCGAAAGUCGGAAAUAAAAGGUCUGAAGUUUCAAAUGAAGGAAAAUCUGAAAUAUAUCGAAGAGCUAAUCGCGGAGAAUUGUAGACCGGAACCGUCGUUGAGCUCGUGUUCCUGCGAAGGGACAGAGAACGUCUCGACGAAUGGCCGUAUUAUAUGGCGAAUCGAUCGUUACAAAGAAAAGAUGAGCGAGGCGAAGGAGAGUGAUCGUGCACUCUACAGUCCGAUAUUUUACAACAAGGAAUACGGUUACACCCUGAGAAUGGAAUUGUUUCUAAACGGCAAAGGGCAGUGGAAGGAUCGUCACAUUAUCGGAUGUUUGCGCGUAGAGAAUGGAAAGUGGGAUCCAUUGUUGGACUGGCCCUGCGUUCUCAGAGCCGCCGUGAUCCUACGAGACCAGGAUAAUCCCGCGAACGAUCUUAGAAAGAUCGUGAAGACCGUGGGCCGAGAUAAGGAUGACUCAGACCCUGAUAAGGAAUCUGGGCUGUACAUGUUUAUUCCUUAUACCACACUGAGCAGAUACUCCGGCUAUACCAAGAACAACUUGGGUAUUUAUGUCGUGUACUAUCUCGAUUACACCGUCGGUGGGGCAUGGUGGAUAAUUGUUUUGUAUCUAAUGCAAAUCGCCGCCGUGUUCGCGGUCCGCGGACGUCCGCACACCGGCGAGGCGGUCGUUGCCGAGUUAUUCCCACCGACCGGGCGAUGCCUCAGGUACUGGGCCGGUCCUCUCCUCUCCUUCACGUGGAACGUCAUUCUUCCCGUCACUUUGAUGGUUCUGAGUAUCACAAUAUUCAAGAGCAGCGACUUCCGGGAACUGUACUCUUAUCGUCGCACGGGCAAAGAUUACUGGGCUGUGUGGGCAAGGCAACUCGGGGCGGCGAUUCAGCUGACGCCGAUACUCAUAAUACCGGCAGUGGCUGUCAUACAGACGUGUCGAUACCUGAAUAGCGGACCACCCGAUAUAUUUGAUAGAAUUCAGCUGCUCUAUCGGCCACCACUGGAACCGGAGGAUCCCCGCGACGCGCAGACCCAAAUUGGAAACGACACCGGCAACAGCUUGCACGGGAACGGGAUCUUACCCGCCGCGACCACGGAGAUACCUUUCGAGGAUCCGCCGCCGAAGUACACACCCCCACCGAGCUACACCACGGCGACCGGGGCGCGGAUCGCGAAGAUGUUGCGGCAGAGCUUCCGGCGGAGCGUGCGGAGGAUCGCGAACGUGUUGGGAGAGAGCAGCGCGCCGCGGCAGAGGCCGGCGUUGCAGCCGCCACCGCCGGACUACGCGACCGUCCUGGUGGAGAUGAACCAGAGCGGCACGCCGAUGUCGCGCGAUCACGUCGCGAUCCACGUGUUGUCGGAGCCGCGGCCAGAUGUGACGAACAUCGGCGGUAGCCGACACAACGUGGACACUUCGGUGAUCGAACGCCGUCAUCGGCCGAACACCAUCGACCGCGCCAGCAGGAUCAGCAUCGCGGGAAGAUCGCGCACGAUCGAGCGCACUCACUCGACGAUCGACCGCGGUCGCCGGUCGUGCGCGAACAUCACCGCGCCGCACACCCUGUCCGGCCCGAACCUGACGGCCGCCGACGUAGCGAAUCUGUUGCGUAGUAGCAUACGCAGGGGCACCGUGAGAACGCAGCAGUCCCUACGUAGAAGCUUCUGCCACGAGGAACGACCGACGACGGCGGCGUCCGUCGAGAAUCUAGUCGAGGCCGCCGCGCCUAUCGGCGAGGACUCCUUGAUCCUAUCGAAGGACACGUCUCUAGUCCCCGACGAACAGGUCGACGACCGCAGUCGCCGCGACGGCGGUGAUCACGACGACGGCAACGACGGCGACGAGAAGAAGACUGCGAGCGAAAUGGAGAGUUCCGUUUCUGUGAUAUAGACUGAUACAUCGGUCGGUCGUUGCGUAUACGACGCACGAAACCGGCAUUUCGGGUCCAGCGAGUCACUGGAGUCACCGCCAGUGACUCCGGUUAACGAUUCGCUGCCUCUUUCCAGGCUGUAAUUUCUACCUGUAAUAUAUAGAUUUAUAGAUGGAAAGAAAACUUCGUUAACCGAAAUCGACACGACGACGUCUACUCGGACAGCCUCCAAGUGCUUGGAUCCCCUCGAAAUUAGAACGUUUUGCUCCCGUGUCUGAGCAAUUGCACGCGCUUGUUACUAUCCCGACAUACUUUUGUGUUCUUACCGUAUUUAUUUCUUAAUAAGCGAUACCUAUAUAUAUUUCUUCGUUAAACGUUUAGAGAAAGUAAUGUUUCGCAUAAUAUAGUCCGAUGCACUACUGAAUAUCUCGGACCUCGGUCUUGCAUUUCUCUCUCAACGUCAGAGCCAAGUAUACGAUUUUAACUCCGUUUAAUUCCGCAAUGUAUGCAAUUUUUUCUUGCGCUGCAUAAUAUUCAGAAACAGAUUUAAUUGCGACUCCAAAUAAGUCAUGUAAAUACGGGCCUUCGCCCCCCUUCGAUAAUUAAGCAAAGGAGAGUAUACUGUUGUUAAUAAAGUAGUGCAGUACUCGUGUCAGAAAGUAUAAUUGGUCUCCUAAUUCUUGCGCUUUCUCCGGAGAUUAUGCGGAAGGGGAGUGAUCGAGUUAGAUAAACGGACGAUUAGAAAACGCGUCACGACUCUUCCUGGCUCUUCCGGCUGGAAACUUAAGCCUAAUCUCUCAAGUUCGAGAACAUUUAACAGCAGUGUGCUUUGAGUCAAUUCAGUUUUGCAGCAUUUACGGCGAAUGUGCGCGGACGAUAUCUGCGCGUACUAUUGUUCAUCGAGAUUAUACCAUUCUGUAAAUACAUGUAGCAUUUUAGCGAGUAAAUAAAUGUAGCAUUUUGUAAAAUUAUGUUACUAUUUUAAAUCGACUUGCUAGGUAUUUCGUUCGUCAGCUCCGUAAUGCGGAAGUGUAUAGUCCGUCCAGUGUCGACGUUUUCUGUACUUUUCCGUUAUGGAUCGCGAGAGUAGAGAUUGUCGCGGGUGAGUUAGACUGACUUGCAUAAUAUUGUCGUCUCGAUCAGAAAGGAAAGAGGUAUAUUACUGAAAUCGAAAAGGCAAAAUCUCGAACAGCCAAAUCCGUCGAGAAUUCUGCAAAGUGUCUGCUACAAAUUUUUGGCAAAGCUCCAGAUUUGAUGCAUGAUCUAACAUAUAUAGUGCUAUUGGGAAAAUAUCAACAGAAAUGUAACGAAAUUUGUUAAUAAAAUUUGAUGGCAGAAAUCUAGCAAACUUUUUGUCGGCGAAACACGAGCUUAAUAAAGACACAGUUGAUACCAAUUUGAUUUUUGAUUUUGCCAAUUUGCGGACAGUUUGCUUACUGAGAUUAUGCGCCUAAUAUCCUCGUGAUCCUUACUAGCGGUACAUCUAGAUAUUUUCCGUAAAUGUAAUCGCUAUACCUGAUAUGGACCACAAUAAAGUUUUUAUGUUCUUGUAAA